AUGGCUUCUUUCGACGAGAACGGGCGCAAGUACACGCCCACCAAGAAAGCCUACAAGAACGAGGGUUUCAUCAAUUCCAGCCAGGCAAGAAAUAUCCGCAUCAUGUGCGAAUACGAGGAGACUCUGCUCCGCCUCAAGGAGAACAAGAUCAAAGGACGUAACCAGCACUUGGUGGUUUGCACGGGAGGGGGACCGGGGUUCAUGGAGGCGGCCAACAAAGGGGCAAGCCGAGUGGAGGGGGCGAGGAACAUGGGCAUGGGCAUUACGCUCCCCUUUGAGGAAGGGCUCAACGAGUACGUCACUGAGGAGCUAGCGUUCGAAUUCCACUACUUCUUCACAAGAAAGUUCUGGAUGCUCUACCACUGCCAAGCGCUGGUGGUCGCCCCGGGGGGUUUCGGCACACUCGACGAGCUUUUCGAGGUGCUGACCCUGAAGCAGACGGGCAAGGUGCAGAAGACUCUACCGGUCAUUCUCUUCGGCAAGGACUACUGGGAGAAGAUCAUCAACUGGCAGGCCCUAGUGGAGUUCGGCACCAUUGCGCAGGAAGACGUGGACUCGCUUUUCUUCACGGACGACCCGCAAGAGGCUCUGGACUACUUGGUGGGGUGCCUUUCCAAGAGCGGGAUCAACGGCAACGAGGAGCUGUGAUAGCUGUGAUUUCUCGCACUUGCCAAAGAUAGGGGUCGGGUCUGUUCCAACGCGUCGGCGAGGUCCCUCAGGUCACGAGGAACCAAUGGGAGGAGUGUUUUGAGGUCGGGAGGUUAGGGGAGGAUACGUUAGCAAGUACGGAGAGGGUUUUACCGCGCUACGUCCACGCAGCACUCUCGGGAGACUAGGGGAGGAUAUGUUAGAAAGUACAGAGAACGUUUGGGCCAUCGACAGAAACGCGGCCGACCCCAUCGCGGCAUCAUUUCAGAACGGUCCCGAUCAGGUUGUUAACGGUAUCGACUGGCGUUGGCUGCAACGGAUGGGUUGAUCGCCACGCGCCAGGGCUGACAGAGGGACAGUUGCAGGGAGCUUUGGCGUAGUUCCAAGAUAUGUAAGCUGUCGAUUGACGUCAGGUGGGAGUAGCCCGUUCGGGUGGCUUCGGCUAAUUUCGUGGUUGGUUGCAAUUGCGUCACCCGUUGUUGGUGCCUUCUUUUGAUUUGUGUUGUUGAUUGCAACAGAUUCUCACAUUUGUGGCUAGUGUUUAUGGUAAGACCUUGUGGAUACAGUGGUUUGCGAUAGUUGUUGUUCCUCUUAUCGGUUAUGCGGUGCUAACGUUUUGUUGAAACGCUGAUUUUCCGCGACACCGCUGGCUAGAAUAUACACGUGUUCUGUGUGCCGUUCUUGUCGGCACUUGAGUUUGGGCUCUUCGCCGCGAGGUUCUCGAGGUCGGAAUUUGUUUCACCUCCAAGCAUUCGCUUUUC